CCUCCUCCUCAGCUGGCGUUGCAGACGGGGCGUGAACCCCCACCCAUUUGGCGAGUCCAGAAGGCCCUUCUGCAGAAAUUCACUCCAGAGAUCAAGGACGGUCAGAGGCAGUUUUGUGCCACCAGUAAUUAUUUGGGGUAUUUUGGGGACGCAAAAAAUCGGUACCAGCGCCUCUAUGUAAAGUUCCUGGAAAAUGUCAAUAAGAAGGACUACGUGAGGGUCUGUGCUCGGAAACCCUGGCAUCGGCCCCCAGUGCCAGUCAGACGCUCUGGGCAGGCCAAGAACCCCACAUCUGCUGGGGGUAGCUCUGCACCUCCCCCUAAGGCCCCAGCACCACCUCCCAAGCCUGAGACCCCUGAAAAGACGACAUCCGAGAAGCCCCCAGAGCAGACGCCUGAGACAGCUAUGCCUGAGCCCCCUGCCCCCGAGAAGCCCUCCCUCCUGCGGCCUGUCGAAAAGGAAAAGGAGAAGGAGAAGGUGACGCGUGGGGAGCGGCCACUGCGGGGCGAGCGGGCCGCCAGCGGACGGCAGACGCGGCCAGAGCGGAGUCUCGCCACAGGACAGCCUGCCACAUCCCGGCUGCCUAAAGCCCGGCCUACCAAGGUGAAGGCUGAACCGCCCCCUAAGAAGAGGAAGAAAUGGCUGAAGGAGGCAGGGGGCAACGCUGCGGCAGGUGGGGGCCCACCAGGCAGCUCCUCGGACUCAGAGUCCUCCCCUGGAGCCCCCAGCGAGGACGAGCGGGCAGUACCUGGGCGUCUGCUGAAAACCCGGGCGAUGCGGGAGAUGUACCGGAGCUAUGUGGAGAUGUUGGUGAGCACAGCACUUGACCCAGACAUGAUCCAGGCCCUGGAGGACACGCAUGACGAGCUGUACCUGCCCCCCAUGCGGAAGAUAGACGGCCUGCUGAAUGAGCACAAGAAGAAAGUCCUGAAGCGGCUGUCACUAAGCCCAGCCCUGCAGGUGCCUGGGGCGUCUGGGCAGGGGGUGUCUGGGGCCCAGGGUCCACAUAGAGAAGACAUGUACGUGUUGGCUGCUAUUGGGGAGGGUGAUUCUUGGAAGGAGAUUGUCCUUCUGGGCUCAGAUGGGAGAAAAGCUGAGGGCAGGACUGUCAGGAGAUCUCUGGGUUCUCAACAGCCGUGAAGCCCACAUGGGGAGGAGCUGUGGGCCUUGGGGCGGCGGAGGGGAGGUUUUGAAAAGCUGGGCUGUUGUUGCGGAGAAUAAAGUGUGGAGCCAAACAUAGACUAGGCCUGCACCCAAGGCUGGUGCUGGACUGAUAGCUUCUUCUUGAGUCCAGAGCAGGCUGUUAGGAUCCCAGGCUUCCGUGUUAAGUCAUCUGUAUGAUUUCCCUUCUGGGAUAUUCUGGGAUGGACUAUCAGGGCUCUGAAAUCCAAGGUUAAACUAAACUGGCUCUGAGGAUUCUGGUUGGGAUGUUAGUGUGGCACUUAGAAUUCCGGGAUAGAGUGUUAGGGUAACUGAGACUUCUGGAAUCGAAUGUUAUUCUGACUUUGAGAAUUCUGGAAGGCUUGUAGUGAGUCUGAGAAUUCUAGGCUGAUACUAAGAAUUCUGGGAUAGGCUGUGAGGCUGGCGCUGAGAUGGCUGGUGGGAAGUUAGUCUUAGAAAACAUGCAGGGAGGCCGGGCGCGGUGACUCACGCCUGUGAUC